AUGUUCAUCUACAAAUCUCAUGCAUUUCUGAGAGAAAAUUUGACAACUAUCGCUGGAUUUUCAACAACUCUUUGGCAUUGCAAUUGUCGUGAGAAGAAAAGAAAGAAAUGUCGUGUACGAAUAAAUCAUAACAUGGAUUUAAACACUUUCAAAAUUAAUGGUCACGAUCAUAAUCAUCAAGAACCAACUCUAUAAUUGACAACGAAAGCAAAAUAUUGUGAGAAAGAUUCAACUCAUAAAAAUAAAAUUGAUGACUGGAUGCCUUAGUAAAAUUAAAGUUGAUGAAAUUUAUUAUUGUUACAUAAUUUGGAAGUUUAAACUUUAAGGCUGAAAGAAUUUAUGCAACUCAACUUUUUUAUUCUUAGAUUUUAUUCAAUACCGAAAUAAAAUAAAGAAAUAAGAAAAUUAUUUCAUAUUGUCAGCGAAA